CCUUCACUAAUACAAACUAACUCUGAUGAUUGUUGGUUUAAACCUAUUUCAUUUACAUUCCAUUUGGAGCAAUAGUCCUAGGUGCUGCUCAUUGAAAAGGUCGCACCCAACCCGGAAUGGUGAUAUGAUAACCAAUCUAUAGGAACAAAGGACCAUGGAUCGUCCAAAGCAUUUCUAAACCGAGUGGUAAAUAAUGCAGGAGUAAUGGAAGCCAAGGAGGACAUAGAAGCACCACCUGAUGCUUCUCAGGCUAGCUCGCACUUCCAUCUCGAUCCUGUGAGUGGACAGGUACUCUUCCGCCGCGAAGCAGCCAGACGUGAUCUGCUGCGGGAGCGAGGAAACUACCUCUCGGGAUGCAGGGAGCUCGAUGCGGAAGCCUUGUCUGGUGGGUUCGAGAGAGGCUGCGUGGUGGGCGUGAGCUCCGAGCUAGAAGAUUUUGGCUUGUUGCUUGGAUUACAAGUCAUUGCCCGCAUGCUCGUCUGCGACGCGUUACAGAGCGGCUUGGGUAGAUAUAGGCCCCGGGCUGUCAUCAUCACCACCCUCGCUAUGAACGCGCUGCUCCCCACAUUGAGGGCGGUGCUCCUUGACCAGGCCGGGUUACAAUGCCAGGACGAGGAGAGGGUGCGAGCUGUGGCAGCUGGAUGUCUGGAACAAAUUGCUAUCUCCAGGGUAUUUGACAUGGACGGGCUCUGGGAGGUCUUGCACGAGGAUUUGGUGACGCGAGAGGUUCCUCGUUCGCCCGAGGUGGCGCACGACAACUCUCAGCCCAUGGAUUGUGAGCCCGUUCAAGAAUCAAUGCAAGAAGUCACGAACGAGGCAGAGCCCCUUGAAACCCCUACGCUGCCGUCUCCCAAGCCACCAAGGCAAGUAACAGAGAUUAUGGAUAGCGAUGACGAUGCUCUUCCAGUGUCUGACGAUUCGUCCGAGCUCUCGUCACCGCCGUCUUCGCCGGUUCCACCAUCAACAUAUUCAUCUGGGGCGGGGGAGGCAACGGCUCGUCAGCAAUCACAGCAACAUGAUAAUGUCCAGGAUAUCGGCCAGGACGCGGCAGAGGAGCAGCCUGUCGAGCAUCCCAAGGAGUCACAAAAGGAAGAACAGGCACCACAAAGACCUAUAUCCCGUACAGCGGACGUGGUUCUCGUCACGCAUAUGUCAUCUUUACUGGCAUCGCUAUUUCGAACACGAGACAAACCAUCGGCACAUUCACAAUUGGCACUGCUGUCAUCGCACCUGCGGCAUAUAUCUCGGUCUAUGGAGUACAGCUAUCCACUAAUAAUGCUCCUGAAUACGACAAAUUCUCCAGAUCGUGAACCCGAACAAAAUCAACGGAGGGCGGAUGGUAAUUUCUCACCCGAAAUACCUGGCGUCGGUGGCGGCGGUGGCGGCAGCGGUGAGAGCCGAAACAGACCGCUAGACCCAACGUUGAGAUCCAUCUUCAAUAUGUCGUACAAUCCAAACCCAAACUAUCCCGGGGCCGCCGAGGCAAGCGCGACGGCCGCACGCCGCAACAAACCAGUUUAUGGUCUGCUAUUCACGCAGCUGCUCGACUUGCACCUCCUGGCGACUCUGGUCCCUAGGGCGCGCGAGGAUGCCGAGGCGCUGUUCUCGGGUGGUGACACCGGCGCGGUGCGGUACUCGUGGGUUAUUGAGGUUCUACUAGACGAGCUGGGAGUCUGGGCCGGAAGUCGUGGAGAUCCUGCUGGAGCUUUUUUGGGCCCGAGGGAGUGUCGGGAGCAGCGAUGGGCGGCUGUUGAGGUCAGGGGUACAAGGAUCGUUGAUUUACUUGCAAGGGCCGAUGAGGACACAAAGGAAAUGCGUCUUCCUGGAGGGUUUGGUGGAAUGCGUGUUUAG